UUAACGAGUUUCGGUUGACGCAAUCAGAAAUGCAUUGGCUUACAUAUAUUUUGGUGGGGCUGAUCGCCUCGGUCUUAUCAAUAUCAAUGUGCGUAGCUCUGGAACCGCUGGAUGAUGGCAAAUUGCGGGUUUGUGUGGUGGAAUCGCGUGGCAUUUAUCGGAAAACCCCCAAGUUCUGCCCGCUGCUGGAGGCCAAGAGCAACAUUGAGUGCGUCAUCGGCGUGGACCGGUUGGACUGCGUGAGACGCAUCCACAAGGGCACUGCCCACUUUGGGGUGCUCACCUCGGAGGAUCUGGUGGCCGCCCGCUGGGCCAGCGUUGAGAUUCUGGUGGCCAGUGAGUUGCGCUCCCACGAAUCCCACUUUGAGUACGAAAUUGUGGCGGUGGUGGACAACCAAGCCAACAUCCACACAGUCCAUGAUCUUCGAGGUGCCAAGCUGUGCCAUCCUGGCUACGGUCUGGGCAAUCACUGGACCGAGGUCCUGGCCAAUUACUUCGAAUCUGCCAUGGUUUCCAAGACCUGUGAUCCCGAGAAGACCGUCACGGAGGAUCGGAUUGCAUCCACGGCCAAGUAUUUCGGUCCCAGCUGCAAGGCAGGUCCCUGGGUGCCUGAUCCCAAGCAGGAUCGCAUCCUCAAGAGCCGCUAUCCCUCGCUGUGCGAGAUGUGCUACGAGCCCGACAGCUGUGACCAGACCGACAAGCACUGGGGUCGACGUGGAGCUCUCUACUGCCUGACCAGUGGUGGUGGCAACGUGGCCUGGGCUCGUCUGGAUGAUGUGCGCAGUCAUUUCGGGUUCUCUGGCAUUGCGGCUCAGGCGAAUCCCUCGGAGUACAGCUACCUGUGUCCAGAUGGCCACCUGCAGCCGAUGAACGCCAGCCAACCAUGUGUCUGGGUGGCCAAGCCCUGGCCCGUGGUGGCUGCCCGGCGCACCCAUGCCGCCCAGGUGCAGCGCCUGGUUACUGGACUCACUCACGACGAGCCAGACAGCUGGCAGACUGCCCUGCUGAGCCUUCUGGAGACAUACCACAGCUUCACUGUUCCACUAGACAAUGUGAUAGCCAUCGAUGACUAUUUGGACCAGGCCACCGCCUUUCAGUCGGCCUACAGCUUCCCGGAAUGCAAUCCACCGCGUUCCAUUGUCUUCUGCACCACGUCCAUCAUUCAGCAUGUGAAGUGCUCCUGGCUGCAGGAGGCCUCUCAGGUGUAUGGUGUCCAACCGAAUAUCCAGUGUGUGAGGACCAUGGAUGUGCAACAGUGCCUGGAUGAUACCAAGUUCAAGGCAGCCGAUGUGGUGCUGGUGGAUCAGGAGAUGCGGGUGAAGGCCCAGCGGGACUAUGACCUGGUGCCACUGCUGUACGAGUUCGCUGCAGAUAUGCAUGAUCGGUAUGUGACCAUUGCCGUGGUGCACAAGGAUUCCAAGUUCCAGAGCUUCAAGGAUCUGCGGGGAGCCAGGGCAUGUUUGCCGUCGUACGAGGGCGCAGCCCAUUUGUCCGUCCAGGAGACGAUAGUGAAUGCCACGGGCAAGGUGCACUCGCUGCACUCCUUCUUCCACCGCGACUCCUGUUUGUGGAAUCCCCAGAAGGGUCGGGAAUGUCCGCUGCACUAUCAGGGCGAUGAGGGUGCUCUACGUUGCCUUUCCGAGGGCGCCGAUGUGGCCUUCCUGAGCUCCGAUGUGUACAAAAAGUAUGUGGCCGGUAAUCUCACCUCGGAUUGGUUGGCCCGUGGUAGCCACAAGGACUUCCGGGUGCUGUGCCCCUAUGGAGGCAUCGAGAAACGAUCCAACUUUGAGUACUGCUACCUUCAUUGGACCACUCGUGGCCACCUGAUGACCCACAAUUCCACGCUGACAAGGCGCAACGAGAUCUAUAACUCUUUGAGGGAUAUGGAUCAGUUGUUUGGCCGGAAGUACAAGAGUGAGACGCGUCCGUUUACCCUCUUUGGCAUCUUCGAUAAAAGGAACAAUGUGCUGUUCCAUGACGCCACCGAUGGGCUGCUGGGCCUCCAGGAGCUGCACCGCGACAAUGCAAAGCGGGUGAUGGAGCACAUCUAUGAUCGGUACACCAAUACCCAGUACUACAAGAACUUUGACGAGAGUGGAGCCACGAAAUCAAGCCUUAGUUUCGGGAUUUUGCUUGCCUGCUUUUUUUUGGCAGUGUACCGUCACUUUGCCUAGUCUCUCGAGCUCAAAUCUAAUCUUAUUUAUUGUGAUAUUACGCUAAACUUAAGUUAAGAAUAACAAGAGCUUCAAACAAAGCUGUAUCACCAAUUU